AUGAAAAAUUUAGUUAAUGGUCUAGCCGAAUUUCUUUUACAAACAGAUAUUGCUUCUGUUCUAUUCGUAAUGCGUCAUUCGAAUUAUGAUAACUACCAAAUUGUAUUCAAUCAAUUAAAUAAUGAUUAUUAUCGACGUAUUUUGACUGAUCAUCAACGGAUUAAGAUCGAAAAUAGAUUUAUUCAACAAAAAUGGAUUUUACAACAGAAUUCAGUUCAUUUAUUUAUAACUCAUUGUGAUAUGGGUUCAAGUGUAGAAGGACUUUAUUUUCAAAAACCAAUUUUAUGUCUACUAAUACACAUGGAUCAAUUUCUAAAUGCAAUUGCAAUUGAUUAUUCAGGUGUCGGACAAUCAUUAUUUACACCAUCAUCUCUAUUAGAAUCCUUUCUCAAUCCAGUCGAUUUUCAUAAUUAUACAUUUUCAGCUAAUAGUAUGACAACAAAACUGUUGACAAUGUGGAGAAAUAGUACAUAUGAAAAAGCCGUUCGAAUCAUACCACUUGAAAUGAAACAUGCUGGUGGUCUCAAAUGA